AUGAGAGGGUGUUUCUCCUUCCUCCUCCUCCUCCUCCUCCUCCUCCUCUUGUACCCGGGGCCGAGAGGCGCCGUCUCGCUCCUGCGGUACCGUUACGACUGCGGGGAUUAUGGGAUGCAGCUGCUGGCGUACCCCUCCCGCGGCCGCACCGUCCGCUUCAAGGUCAUGGAUGAGUUUGGCACCCGCUUUGAGGUGGCCAACUGCUCCAUCUGCCUCCACUGGCUCAACACCGGGGCGGACGGCGCCGUCAUCUUCUCCUCUGGCUAUGAAGGCUGCCACGUCCUGGUGAAGGAGGACCGCUACGUCCUGAGGGUGCAGCUGGAGGAGACGCUUCUCAGCGGGGUCCCGGUUGCCUCCUAUGAAGUCAACAUGACCUGCCCACAGCCGGGGGACUACGAGAUCCUCACGGAUGGCAACCUGGGCACCAAGCAGCAAGCUGGCCGAGGCAACAGCGUCCACCAGAGCCAGACUGAUGUCCUUGUCCCCCUGGCCCAACCUGGCCUCCUGCAGCACGUGUCCCAGUCCACCCUCACCGUCUCAGGAUCCCAAGUCUCUUCCCAAACCCACUUGGAGCAGGUUCACCCCGUGGCCCAGACCCAACCCGUCCUGCAUGGCCAGGGUCUCCAGGGGCUUCAGCCCCAACCAGGGAUGGUUCAUCCCCUCACCCAACCCCAACAGGGUUUAAUACGCCCCGGGAUGCAGCCCCCAGCCCAGCCUGGGCUCCGUCACCCGGGGGGUCAGACCCAAAAUCAACCUGGGAUGGUGCAGCCUGGAGCUCAAAACCAACCAGGUCGUCUUCGUCCAGGGCUCCAGACCCAAAACCAGCCUGGAAUGGUGCACUCUGGGGGUCAAAACCAAGCAGGUCUUCUUCUUCCAGGAGUUCAGACCCAAAACCAACCAGGGCUCCAUCACUCAGGGCUUCAGACCCAAAACCAGCCUGGGCUGGUGCAUCCUGGGGGUCAAAACCACCAAGGACAUCUUCGUCCAGGGGUUCAGACCCAAAACCAGCCUGGGCUGGUCCAUCCUGGGGGUCAAAACCACCAAGGACAUAUUCGUCCAGGGGUUCAAACCCAAAACCAGCCUGGGCUGGUCCAUCCUGGGGGUCAAAACCACCCAGGUCAUCUUCGUCCAGGUCUCCAGACCCAAAACCAGCCUGGGCUGGUCCAUCCUGGGGGUCAAAACCACCAAGGACAUCUUCGUCCAGGUCUCCAGACCCAAAACCAGCCUGGGCUGGUCCAUCCUGGGGGUCAAAACCACCAAGGACAUCUUCGUCCAGGGUUCCAGACCCCAAACCAGCCUGGGCUGGUGCACCCCAGUGUCCACGCUGGUGCCCAGACUCAAGCAGGCUUCAUCCGCAUCGGAGCUCAGUCCCAAAACCAGGGGGGCUCAGCCGGCUCCAGCCUCCAGCCCCAUUCCCAAACUGGGCUCCUCCGCCCUGGGCUCCAGAGCCAAACUGGGUUGUCUCACUCCGGCUCCCAGUCUGGCUCGGUGCGCCCAGCUCUCCAAAGCCAAGCUGGGUUGGUACAAACCACCCAUUCCCGACCGGGUUUGGGGCAUCCAGGACUCCAGUCCCGACCGGGUUUGAUCCGUCCUGGACUUCAGGCUCAGCUCCAGUCGGGACUGGCCAGUUUGCUGCAGUCCACGGCUCUCUUCUACCCCUCGGCGGGGGCAGGCACCCAGCUGACGCGGGAGCAGUGCCAGGUGGGGGUGGGGAGGAUGCCCUGCAUGGCCCCCCCGGGCCGGGAGGCAUGUCUGCAGGCGGGCUGCUGCUACGACGACAUGGACCGCACGGCGCCCUGCUAUUACGGCAACACGGCCACCGUGCAGUGCCUGUUGGAGGGUCACUUCGUCCUGGUGGUGCCGCGGGGGUUGGCCACCCAACCCUACAACCUGGACAGCGUGCGUUUGGCCAGUAGCCAGCCGGGCUGCGAGCCGGUCAGGGUGACCGAGACCUUCGUCAUGUUCCGCUUCCCCGUCACGGAAUGUGGCACCACCGUCCAGGUGAUCGAGGACCGACUGAUCUACGAGAACCAACUGAUCUCCACCAUCGAUGUCCAGGGGUCCCCCCGUGGCUCCAUCACACGUGACAGCACCUACAUCCUCCAAGCUCGCUGCAUCUACAACGCCAGUGACCUCCUGCCGCUCCGCAUGGAGGUGGCUGCACCACCUUCUUCCACCCCCAUGGCCAUGUUUGGGCCACUGGGGCUCCAGCUGCGCAUCGCCACCGACGAGACCUACAGCUCCUACCACCCCGAGGGUGACUACCCCUUGGUGAGGGUCCUGAGGGACCCCAUCUACGUGGAGGUUCGUCUCCUGCAGAAGACGGACCCCAACUUGGUGCUGGUCCUGCACCACUGCUGGGCUUCCCCCAGCACCGACCCCGCAGCUGAGCCCCAGUGGCCCAUCCUGGUGGACGGGUGCCCCUUCGCAGGGGACAACUACAGGACCCAGCUUGUCCCCAUGGGACCGGCCUCACCACAGUUGCCCUUCCCAAGCCACUACCAGCGUUUUGUCAUCUCCACCUUCACCUUCGUGGAGCCCCCCACCAUGGCAGUGCUGGAGGGAGAGGUGUACAUCUCCUGCAGCGCCUCGGUGUGUCACCUCUCGCAGCCCGAGCCCUGCCGUCCCUCCUGCCAGCUGGGAGUGCCAUCACGAGCCCGUCGGUCCCUGGAGGAGGGGAGAAUGGCAGAAGCCCUGGGCUUGGUGACAUCUCGGGGACCCAUCGUCUUGCCAAAGGUCCCCAAGUUACAGAGAGGCUGA